AUGCUGUUUGCCACCUGUCGCUCUCCUGCCACAGCCCUUGGCCUUGAUGCCCUCAAAUACAGUCCUAGUGACGUAACAGAUGCAGACGGCAUCAAGGUUGGGUGUUUAAAAGUUCUCGAGCUUCUCAACGGCACUGGACUGGACUAUGUCAUCAAUAACGCUGCGAUCAACCGUCGCACAGACUUGCCAUUUAGUUUCGAUCCAGCCGUGCUUGCAGAGAUGAUAAAGUGCAAUAUCACAGGUCUAGCACUGGUUACGCGCUUCCUUCUCCUAGCCAUCGAGAAGAGUAGCGGCAAAGUCAUCGUCAACAUGAGCUCUGCUUUUGCCAGUAUUAGCAAAGAUCUCAGCCCCAAAUCGACGAGCUACAGCAUCAGCAAGACGGAACUUAACAUGCUUACAUACAAACAAAUGCGUGAGCAUCCCCACUUCAUCCCCAUCCUCAUGGACCCUGGUAGGGUAAAGACAGACAUGUGCGGCAAGGGUGCGGUGAUUGAGCCCCAUGUCUCUGUGACGGGCAUUCUGAACGUCUUUUACAACUAUUUGGGCAACCAAAAUCCGUGGUGA